GGUUCAUAUUUCAAUCUCUCAAUGGCGCCAUAAAUUUGGAUUGUCUUACGAAAGAAACAUCAGACCUUAAAAAUGUCUUCUUCCAUCGAAGAAUUUCAAGACAAUUUGUCUGCCUUGCCGACCAUAUUGCAGAAGAAGUAUGCGCUGCUUCGGGAUUUAGACAAAAGUCUACAAGGAAUUCAGCGGCAAAAUGAGCAGCGCUGUCAACAGGAAAUAGGAGAGCUGACGAAACGCAUUAAGGAUGGUGGCAUAGCACCCAAUUCUCCACUUCUCAAAUUCUCAGAUGAGGCACUUGAUGAGCAAAAGCAUGCUGUGAGAAUUGCAGAUGAAAAAGUUGCACUAGCUGUGCAUGUCUAUGACAUGGUAGAUGCACACAUUCAACAACUCGAUCAAUAUUUGAAAAAACUUGAUGAAGAGAUUCGUAAUGAAAAGGAUAAUGCGGCUUCAACUGGACCUCCUAGUGCAACCCCUGAUAACAGUGUGAAACCUGGGAAAUCUGGUGAAAGUGGUAGAGGGCGUAAGAAGACACGUCUUGCAACCGCAACAGCAGCUGCAGCAGCUGCCUCGUCAGCAUCAACUGCAGCGGCUCCCACUGGUAUGGACCUAGAUUUACCUGUAGAUCCAAAUGAGCCGACAUACUGCGUCUGCAAUCAAGUUAGUUAUGGUGAAAUGGUUGCAUGUGAUCACCCUGGGUGCAAGAUAGAGUGGUUCCAUUUGGGCUGUGUUGGUCUCAGAGAACCUCCCAAGGGGAACUGGUACUGUUCUGAUUGCGUUGGAACACAAAAGCGUCGAAAAAGCAAAACCUAGGGCUUGCUCCAUCAUCUCCCCUGUGAUGGCAUUAGCGCUGGAGAACAGCUUUUUGUGUAUACUAAUUUCAUACAAUCUUUUGAUACUAGUUGUAUGGUGAGAUAAUGUUCGGGUUUCUAAGGGUUAGCUGGUGACUUGUUGAUAUCAGGUGGCAUGUGCUAUUGUCUUGAUAGGUUUUUGGGCAAAGACUGCACAUAAUUACAUCAGCUUUUUAUUUGCUUAUUUUCGAUUCUGAUGGAAUGUUAUUGCAACGCUAAAAAUAAAACACACACACACACACACACAUUCAAGCAUCAAAUGAAUUCCCCAUCAAUUCAACACAUAUGUCUAAAUGAGAAACGAAGGACACAACACAGAAGAGACGAACAAUCGUGCUUCUGUUGCAACUGCGCUCUUGAUCUUUUGUAACUUUGGACACAGGGACAUUCACUUCAUCCUUUUCUUCAAUGCCUCGUAAGCGAGGCCACACUGGCGCUUCUUCUCAUCAAUCAAAUCGUACACCUGGCGGGGACUUAUACGGCCGGCAGUGGCGCCAAUGAACGCAUAAGGAUAAACGAAGAGGGCCCUGUCGAUCGCACGCACCCAGACAUCCGACAUAUCGCUUCUUAAAUCCUUGAGAACGGGAAAGAAAAGUUUCUGCAACAAUUGUUUUUGGCUCCGAUGGAUGAAGAACUGAUGAAGAACUGCUUCUGUAUGUGAACGUAUAUGUAUAUAUGGGAGCAAAACAAAAACUUAAUGCGAGGGGGACAAAGAGUUUGUUGGAAAAGGGAAUUGUAGAAAUUUGUGAGAGAAUGGAUGGUGUGCUGUGGUUAAAUCAUAUUAAUCAAUUUUUUAUAUUUUUAUUUGGGUAUUAUAUUCAUUUAAAUAACAAAAAUACUACCAAGUAAUUUGAUAUUUAGGCAAGUUUUUCAAGCCCAGACAAAAAAGUUGUCUAAAUAUCAAAUUAUUUUCAAGCUCAGACAAAAAAAACAUGUGACCUAUCAAAUUUCAACCCAGCAACUUUUCUUUUAUUUUAGAUUUUGGGCUAAACUAAUUUUUUGGGCUUAAAUUCUGGGGUUUCAAGAAAAAAAGAAGAAGUUGGGCUUAG